CUUUAGAUGUGACACCUACAAUGAUAACUGUAAGUUAAAAAAUAUUCAUUUUUUAAAAAUGAUUCAUGUGCACAUUAUCUCGGAAGAUAUAAAAAUAUUUAAAUUUUAGAAAAAGUUGAUAAAUGUUUUCCUUUUUUUUUAAAGCCCCCAUAAAUCUAACCCAGAAAUCUUUUACAAUGAAUUUUAAAAAUAAAAUUGGCAUUGCAUCAUUUUAAAGUCAAUUUUUUUCUUCAAAAUUAUUUUUAAAAAAGCAUCUGUAUUUUUCAAAAAAUAUACAUAUCAAUACAGAACAUAACAAUCAAAUUCUGGGUUUCAUAGAUGUUUUCCCUCUAGAUAUACUAUCAUCGAUGGCUGGGAGUGUCCUGAGAUUUUAAAAAGCACUAGAUGAGUAAAUGUCAUAAUGAGGGUUAUUUAAGUACAAAGACAACACUUUACUAUAGAACAUUCUUUUCUGACAUGGGGGAAGAUGGUUUUGUUGUCACAGAAAAUGCUUUUAUUUGUAACGUAAACUGCCUGGCUAAAUCAAUACAGUGAGAUUUUAAAUUUUUAUAUUCAUUUUUUUUUCCAGGAGAGCUCCUUCAUGUUUAACUCCAGCUCAAGGGACAUUAUCAUUGAACCAACUCUCAGCACAUCCCAGGUGUCAGUAAUGUCAUCUGAAUUAGAAAUAUCCAACUCCACCGUCAUCAUGUCCUCUACCAUCUUCCUGUCCUCCACCAUACCACCCCCAUCAUCAUCAGAGCCGCCACCAAGCACGUCUGUCACCCCCACACCAACCACUCCAGCACCAGGAACCACAGUUCCAACCAUAGAGAACAGCAAAAACAAAACCGAGUUUUGGGUAGUCACACGUAAGUCAAAUCACAAAAUCUUAUAAAAAUAAUAAAUACUUUUUUAAGAAAGAGUUUUUUUGGGACCUAUUUUUUUAAAAAACAAUCAUCAUUCAAGGACCCAGUAAUAAUUGGAAAGAAAAUUGAUAGGUCAUUCCUUAAUAUGCAAAUUAUUCUUUUUAAAAAAACACCAAUUUUUGGACAUCAUAUUAAUUUGCAGUUCUGUGUAGCAUUACGCAUAAAGCAUCAAUAUCUGAAUGUUUCAUUUCUGAGAAAUGCUCAAUGGGAAACUAGGUAAUCUUUCUGUUUAAAAUUCAUGGAAUUGGGCUCAGACUAUCUGACAUGCAAAUAUUUUCCUAAUUUUUUGUAUUCUCAGGUUUUCGGAUUCCUCUGAGUGCAAAUAUCCAGUCACCAGCCUUCAAGCAGCAAACUGAGAUGGGUUUGGCCAAUGCUUACUACCUUGCCAGGGUACGACAGGAG